AUGGAUCUUUAGAUCAUCAUAAAAUAAUUUUAAUUUGGAUCAUUCUUCAAGAUUAAAUUAUCUCAAUGGACCGAAAUGGUAUUAUAAAAUUUGAAUUCAGUAAAGACAACGAAUAAUUAAUUUUUCAUUUUCAAAUAUCAAAUAUCAAGAAAAAGAUACAGUUCUUGCUCUCAAGGAAACAAAUAUCUAAUCAAGACAUUUCUUGACAAGGGUAGUGGAGGACCCUAUUGUAAAAACUUUAUUCAUUGGAGGAUUAUGACAAAGAUAAGGGGAAGUGGAGCCUGAGCUAGCAUUCCAUAGAUUGAUGAAUUGCUAAAUGGAGAAGAGGGAAAAGUCUUAUGGAAUGAAGGAUCUCUUGAAUAUGAAAAAGCUAGAAAAAGGAAUUCACGUCGACGUAAACCCCAGAUAGGCUAAAUAUUAAAUUAUGGGAGCCAUUUCAUAAUAGAUACCUCAAAUCUGGAUAAACAGAUAAGUGGAAGAGAAAAAAUUAAAAAAAAAUUUUUAAUUUAAUUGGACAUUUUUGGAAUGA